AUGACAGACGAUACACAGAGUGACAUGGAAAUUGACACAAAUGUCUCUUCAACACAACCUGCCAAGCGCAAGGCCCCAGAGCCGAAACCAAAGACCCUCCAUUUCACGUCGCGCAAUCCACCUUGGACAUACCUCAAGCUCAAGCUUAUCCCCCAACCAGGAAGUGCACCACAACCCCUCGAUCCCCUCUCCGCACGAACCUACCUCUCCUCCGCAUUAUCGCAAUUCCUCGGUCUGACAGGAACAGCCAUCCCAAUCGACAUUUUGAAGAUCGAGAAUGCAUCGCCUUCAAUCACGAAAUAUGACAUUGUAUGGAUUCGCGUUCCUCGCGAGGACGUCUCGGCCGUCGUGAGCGCAGUAAGCUCAUGGAUUGGCGGAAAUAACUCGGCAGGCUCUGCGGAUGUCGCAUGGAGGGUUUGCGCCAAAGGAAAUUUCCUAGGUGCCCUAGUUGCUGGCUCGGGUGCCGAUUUGUUCGUUCCUUAG